AUGCUGCUGGUCCUGCUCGGCUGCCUGCUGCCGGCCGCCGGCGCCGGGAGGAGCUGCCUGCGCUGCUGGCGGGAGCUGCCGCUGCUGCUGGAGUAUGACCUGCAGGUCCUGUGGGGGCCGCCGGGGCCGCCCCGGGAGCUCUCCCUAAGCCUCCAGGCCCUGCUCCUGCAGGCUCCCGUCCCACCGGAGCCCCGGUAUCUGGGGCACGAGCAUGUGGAGCGAGAAGCAGCUGAGUUAUUCAAUCACAUCGACGGGGCCAUUGGGAAGUUCCGCGAUGACAAACCAUCGCUCCUGAGUGAGGUUAACGUCCAGAAGCAGCUGUUUGUUGAGAGGCUGAGCAAGGCUUAUGAGGAGCUCGAGGAGCAGGCCUGCAACAGCUCCUGUGCCCUACCCUUCAAACUGGAGGUCAUCAGCUGUGCCACCUGCAGAGCACACCUCCUCACCUGCGGAGACCCCACCCUCUGCCCAGGUGGCACCAAGAUCCCUCAGGUCCACACAUCCCGCUGCAGAACUACAGAGCCGCCUGUCCCCGGACGCCUCACUCGGCCAUAGAGCCAGCAGGCUGAGACCGGCCCAAACCACCUCCACCCCCAGAUUUGCUCUUCCCUCCGGGUUCUCUUAGCAAAUGGCCCCACCCUAAGAGCUCAGCCUCCCUUAGAGCUCGCCCUCCCCUUCCCCAGCCAUUGAACCACCAAGGUUUAUGAAAUAACUAGAGGCUGGACCCAGAAGACUCUCCUGUGGGCUGUGAGCCUCUGCGCUACUUUCUCCCUGGCAGUCAUAGCUGGAGGUGGAUGGUACAUUUUCUGGCACAAGAAGCAGGCAGAAGAGGUACUGGAGGACACCCCUGCUCGGCUCUAG